AUGACGAGCCACUUCAGCCCGUCGGGAUUGUUGCAGGCUCUGGGUUGGGCUUGCGAGCGGCACAAGGCGCCGCACACUUGCUUGUUUUCGAACCCGGUGGAUGUAACUACCUGCCAAGGUAUCAUGCGCAAGAGCGCAAUCCGCAUGGAGCAUCGGCUAGUCUCCAAGCAGACCGGGGCGCGGGACGUUUUCGAGACGGUGAACAAGCAUGUCUUCGACCUCAAAAAGGGCGUAACGCUGAGGCUCGUUUUGUGUGAGGAGCUGCCGACCUCGUACUACUUUAUCCUGGGCUACCACCACAUACUAAUGGAUGGUUUCAGCUGGGGGUUAUGUUUGCCGAGUUGCAGAGUUACUAUUGAGACAGCAGCAGACAGCAGAAAUAAACCCCCCCCUCCCGUAUAUGGACCGUACGCCGACUGGUCCCGCAAACAGCUCAGCGACGUGCUCGGCGGUUUGGAUCUGGCCAAGGACCGCAAGUUCCGGCGCGAAGCUCUCAGCUCAUUGCCCCUCAUCCUGCCACUCCUACCUGUUUCCCGAGUCGCUGGCAGGAAACCACUCAGAGCGUACGAGCUGAACAGGGCAAAGCAUAAAUCGAGCAAGGGGUUGCCCAGCUUGGCCGCAACGUGGCAGCCGCCAAGAAGGCCUCACCUUUCCAUGUGCACCUGA